UUUGACAUUUCGUUGCGAGCUGACUAUCGGUCCGGUCGUGCUGUACGUGCUGAGCUGACUGCAAGUGAAACUGAAGCGUCUGAAAAAAAAGGUUGCUGAUUGCCGUAUCGGUCGAAUUGAAUUUUGUUUUUUCAUCCUGCGAACAAAAGUAUAAUCGGUGCCGCUUGUUUUACAAAAGAACUUUCUACUAGUGCUCCAUCAUGAACCGUCGCCGGGCUUACGAAGAUGACGGCGAUUUUUACGGUGAACGUUCCCGUAAACGUCGCCGGGUUUCGGAGAACCAAGAGAUGGAAGAACGUUUGGAGGCGCUGAUAUUGCGAGUCGGCGAAAACAGUUCAUCUUCGCUAGAAUCCAACCUGGAAGGGUUGGUUUCGGUGCUUGAGUCCGAUUUGGGUAAUUUCCGCAACAAGAUUUUGCGUAUUUUGUCCGAGUGUCCCAUCAAGAUGCCUGAGAAAUGUACGAUUUACUCAACGAUGGUGGGAUUGAUGAAUGCCAAGAACUACAACUUCGGCGGAGAGUUUGUUGACCAUAUGGUGAAGACAUUUAAGGAAAGCUUGAAACAGUGUAAGUGGGAUGCCGCUCGGUAUGCGCUGCGUUUCUUGUCCGACUUGGUUAAUUGCCAUGUUAUUUCGACGAAUUCUUUACUUCAACUGCUGGAUAAUAUGGUAGACGCUGCCAAUGAAGAUUCGGUACCGCAGGUGCGUCGAGAUUGGUACGUUUUUGCCGUAUUGUCCACCCUGCCAUGGGUGGGCCGAGAGUUGUACGAGAAGAAAGAAUCUGCUCUGGAGAAUCUGCUGGUACGCAUUGAAGUAUUUUUAAACAAACGAACCAAGAAACAUCAUAAUGCACUAAGAGUAUGGUCAGUAGAUGCACCGCAUCCUCAGGAAGAGUAUCUGGAUUGUCUGUGGGCACAGAUUCGAAAACUGAGACAAGAUAACUGGGCCGAGAAGCACAUUCCUCGACCAUAUCUGGCCUUCGACUCGGUUCUUUGUGAAGCUUUGCAGCACAAUUUGCCGCUAAUUCAUCCACCUCCGCAUCAGGACUCGUUCGAGUAUCCAAUGCCGUGGGUCGUCUAUCGGAUGUUCGAUUACACUGAUUGUCCGGCAGGACCAAUUCUUCCAGGUGCUCACUCGAUCGAGCGUUUUCUGAUUGAAGAACAUUUGCAUUCGAUUAUUGAGACCCAUCAUUGGGAGCGCAAGGAUUGUGCGGCGCAUUUGUUGGAUCUGGCCUACAAGGAUAAAAUUCCUCUGGAGUAUUGCAUCGUGGAGGUGAUAUUCGCCGAGCUGUUCCAUAUGCCUACGCCGCGUUAUUUGGAAAUUUGUUAUGGAUCGAUUUUGAUUGAACUGUGCAAACUUCAGCCGUCAAAAAUGCCUCAGGUUUUGGCUCAGGCAACUGAAAUUUUGUUUAUGCGUAUCGAUUCGAUGAACACUAGUUGCUUCGAUCGGUUCGCUAAUUGGUUCUCGUAUCACUUGAGUAACUUCCAGUUCCGUUGGAGUUGGGAUGAUUGGGAUAGCUGUUUGUUGCUGGAGAUGGAACAUCCGAGACCGAAGUUUAUUCAGGAAGUGUUGCUCAAAUGUUUGAGAUUCUCGUAUCAUGAUCGUUUCAAGGAAAUGAUGCCGGAGACUUAUGCGAAGUUGAUCCCGAAACCGCCUACUCCUAGAUAUAAAUAUACGAUGGACGGAGCUGCGGCCCUACCAGGGACGGCUACUGCCCACAAGCUGGUGGUUGCCAUCCGUCAGAAGUGCACUCCGGAGGAUGUGCUGAACGAGCUGAAGGAUUUACCUAAUCCGCGAGAGACUUCGGAAAACGAUAUGGUCGAGUCGACGUUCAAUCCGCUGAAGAUUGAUGCAUUCGUUCAAACGUUACUUAAUCUCGGCUCGAAAAGUUUCUCCCAUACUUUCGCAGCCAUCUCGAAGUUUCAUCAGGUUUUUAAGGCUCUGGCAGAAACCGAAGAAGCGCAAAUUUGCAUUCUUCACAAUGUUUACGAGCUGUGGAGCUACCAUCAGCAGAUGAUGGUGGUGAUUAUCGACAAGCUUCUGAAGACACAGAUUGUCGAAUGUUCGGCGGUCGCAACAUGGGUAUUUUCAAAGGAAAUGGUCGGAGAAUUCACCAAGAUGUACUUGUGGGAGAUUUUGCAUUUGACCAUAAAAAAGAUGAAUCAACAUGUCACCAAACUUAGCAAGGAACUUGGUGACGCAAAAGACCGCUUAGAUCGGAACGCCGAGUCCUCUUCGAGUGAAUCUGAGGAAGAAGCAACACCGGGGGCAACGGCACCCGCACGCCGUCGUAAGAAGACUGCUGGGGAUGAUUCCGACAAACCAACGGAGGAGCAAGUAGAACGGAUGGAAGAGCGAUUGGAGGCAGCUUACGUUGACCAGAAACGACUGUUUCUGAUUAUUUUCCAGCGUUUCAUCAUGAUUUUGUCCGAACAUCUGGUUAAGUGUGACACUGACGGCCGGGACUACGAUACCGACUGGUACCGUUGGACGGUUGGGCGAUUGCAGCAGGUUUUCAUGCUGCAUCACGAACAAGUGCAGAAAUACAGCAGUACACUCGAAAGUCUUCUGUUCACGUCGGAUAUCGAUCCACACAUUUUAGAUGUGUUCCAUCAGUUUACCGCAUUGCGCUCGUAGAGGAAAGCAUACUGAUGUGAGGUUUUUUUUUCGUUCAGCCCAGCUUGUGAGUAAGUAUGAAACGUAGUAGCUCUAUUGGACCCUGGGAAAUCAAUAGCGUUUGCUUCACUGGGAAAACUCUUACUGUGUAAUUUUUUUAAAUAGUCGAUACAGUGACGACGACAUGUAUUAAAAGUAUAUUUGACGAAUGCGAAGGCAUUCUUUGAAAAA